AGAGAGAAAGAGAGAGACAGAGACUGGCGGAUUACACACAGCCCCAGACACGAGGCUUUGGAGGAUGCAGGAACAUGAACCAUUUACUGCUAAGACAGUCGGUUGAUUGACAAGCCCGUCGUCCAAUCAAAUCGUCGCCAUGAUCGCCACGGGCGGCUUGCUGCGUAUGAACCGGCGACAAGACUCCCAGCGAUCCAAGAACCACGCUGAGAACCAGAGGAAGAGGAAACAAGCAGAGAGGAAGAAGAGGAAUGAUGUGGUAGUGGUGAAGGGGAAACUCAACCUGUGGUCUCCAUCUGGGCUGGUAGCUGCGGUGGGGGUAGUGGUGUUGAUGGUUGGGAUAGCCAUGGCUGUACUCGGCUACUGGCCACAUGAAGGCCACAGCCAGGGGAAGGCAUCCGGGGUAUCACCAGGGGAGGAGCGGAGAGACAACGGCAGGAUGAGCUACUCCAAGAGCCCCCUGGUGUCUGUCACCUGGAGCGAUAAUAAGGACAACAACACAGCCAACCAGACUGUUGAGGAGUUGACCAACCAGACUGUUGGGGAGUUGACCAACCAGACUGUUGAGGAGUUGACCAACCAGACUGUUGAGGAGUUGACCAACCAGACUGUUGAGGAGUUGACCAACCAGACUGUUGAGGAGUUGACCAACCAGACUGUUGGGGAGUUGACCAACCAGACUGUUGAGGAGUUGACCAACCAGACUGUUGGGGAGUUGACCAACCAGACUGUUGGGGAGUUGACCAACCAGACGAGUGCUGAGUUGACAAAUCAGACGAGUGAUGUUAUGAAUGGAAGUGUUCCUCAACCUGUAUCUGUGUCGACAAGUCUUCGUCCUCCCUCAGAGGGGUUUCUGUCUGAGUUCCUGGACAGCUACCUCUACUCAGACAACUUGAAGGUGUUUGGGCCCUUAGUGAUGGGGAUUGGCAUCUUCCUCUUCAUCUGCGCUAACGCCGUGCUUCACGAGAACAGAGACCAGAAGACCAAAGUCAUCAACCUCAGAGAUAUCUACUCCACGGUCAUCGACCUCCACAGCACACGGACCAAGGACUACUCGUCGAUUAACGGACUGGUGAACUAUGUGCCGUCUAGGGGCAGUGUGGACAUAAAUUCGUUCCAUCCUGGCGAGAUGCUAGAGCACAGGGAGACAGGUAGCAGUGAGCAGCAGUACAGACGGCCCACUACCGUGUCAAGCCACCAGGGGGAGAUAGGUAGCAGUGAGCAGCAGUACAGACGACCCACUACCGUGUCAAGCCACCAGGGGGAGAUAGGUAGCAGUGAGCAGCAGUACAGACGACCCACUACCGUGUCAAGCCACCAGGGGGAGACAGGUAGCAGUGAGCAGCAGUACAGACGGCCGUCAAGGGCGGGUCGGCAGCGGAGCUGGUCCAGAGGCAACCAGACGUUCACGGAAAGUGUGUUUAGCAUCUACAGAGACCAGAAGCGCAGGUGUUCAGAGCAGACACCCUACCCCAGACAGUGGGACUCAGAGCAGGCCUCGUACCCAGGACAGCGGGACUCAAAGCAGGCCUCGUUCCCCAGACAGCGGGACUCAGAGCAGGCCUCGUACCCCAGGCAGUGGGACUCAGAGAAGGCUUCGUACCCCAGACAGUGGGACUCAGAGCAGGACUCGUACCCAGGACAGCGGGACUCAAAGCAGGCCUCGUUCCCCAGACAGCGGGACUCAGAGCAGGCCUCGUACCCCAGGCAGUGGGACUCAGAGCAGGUCUCGCAGUGGGACUCAGAGCAGGCCUUUUACCCCAGGCAGUGGGACUCAGAGCAGGCCUCGUACCCCAGGCAGUGGGACUCAGAGCAGGCCUCGUGCCCCAGGCAGUGGGACUCAGAGCAGGCCUCGUACCCCAGGCAGUGGGACUCAGAGCAGGCCUCGUGCCCCAGGCAUCAAUGUCUGGCUACUAAAGAGAAGGAUUCUUCCAGAAGGACCUUGAGGAAUCCCCUGGAAUAUGAGGGUGGUACCGUCAUGACCCUAACUGAACCAGAUGAGGCGCUACAAGGACAGACCCUCACCCCACAGGGCCCCCGGCUGUUCCCUCCUUCUCCCGUUUUCAGGGCGACGACGGGGAUGGGAUCUCGCCUGUCACUCAACUCCCUCUCCAGCCCAGGGGUCGACCAGCCCCAGUCGGCACGACGAUGCAGCCUCACCGUGGCCGUCUGUCGUCAAGGCGACCGGGCUCGUCGGUUCAGCUGUACGCGUCUGGAGCGCUCAAACAGUAAGGGAUACAUCAAACUGGAAACAGUGGACGGAGAUUCCUUCGAGGUACCAGAUGUAGUGACUUCCUGUGUGCCUGACUCGAAUCAGGAAGAAGAAGUAGUAGCAGACGAGGUAGCAGAAGCAGCUCAAGGAAAAAGAGAGAGGGUGACUGUCACCCUUAGCACUUCUUUAACAGAACUCUAG